AUGACAGAUGAAUCCAAAAGUGCCUCUGCUAUCCGAAACAGCUUAGCAUCGGCACGUGUCAAUUUUGGAAAUAGGGAACCAGCAGACAUACCAAAACUAACAACAUUAAGAGUAGCAAAGCACAGACAUGAAAAGAGUACAAGACUGGAUUCAGAUGUUAUAGUGUCACUAUUUAAAUUAAGGAAUGAACAAUUUUGUUCGGCAGCAAUUAAAAAUAUUGGCUAUUCACCAUUCUUUGUUUACUUCUGGAAUAGUUCGCAGAUUUACGUGUUUCGGCAGUUCACUAAAAACCAUUACUGCAAAAUACAAAUCGAUGCGACUGGUGGUGUUCAACAAGAUCCAGACAGCCGACAACCUGUGAAAACGCGGAUAGCUAGCGGAACCAUAGAACCCUCUAUCGAAACAAUUAUUGAAAGCGAAAACGAAAAUUUAAAUACAGAAGUAGCAGAAUUAAUAUCUGAAAGUGAAGACGGAGCAAUUAUUGAUAAUCACUUUAGGAAAUGGGCAACAAAUAUUGCAAAAUCGGCCCGACAAGUAACAAUAAAUCCAAACGAAGAGGGGGAUCGAGGCAAUCAGCAAGUUUUGCCUGGUAUUGUUAAUGAUGUUAUUUCACUGGCUGCAAGUAUUCCCCUCUGGACAGCAAUCAUGAAAACUAAUUUUCCUUUUGCUCCCAGAAUAGCUUCUUCGGCCAGCGUUGAGAGCUAUUUCAAUCAUUUAAAAAAUCGCAUUUUUGCGGACAAAAAGCUACCGAUGCGCGGAGAUGAUUUUGUCAAAGUUCACCUGAAAAAUAUUGAUGGUGAAAUGAAAUUGAUAUCAGCAGCUUCUGACAAGUAUCAAGGUUCUGAACAAGAACAAUUUGUAGAUGAGCCUCCAAAAAGAACCGCCAAGAACCCAGAUAUAGAUAAAGAGGUAAUUACAAUUAUUGAAGAUGCCCCGGAGGCGGAGGUAAUUAGCAAAUCCAAGGGCAUUAAUCAAAGUACAAAUUCUAGAGAUGAUUUCGACGAUAUUACUUGUUCAUCCUGCCAGUUGCAAUUACAAUCAGGAGAUAAAUGUUCUUUGUGUAACAAUGUUGUUCACAUGUAUGAUUCAUGUAGAAAAUACUUAGAAGACAAACUAUUGUGCUGUCAUUGCUUUAUUGCAAACAAAAAUAAGCAGUUUGUAUUAGACGUACUACGCGAAGAAAACUGGCGAGGAAAAAAUGUUCCACCAAAGAAACGGAUCCGAGAAUCGUAUCUUGACCCACAAACCGAAUUUCUAGAAAUUGACUUUGACAAGAAGAAAGUGACACCUGUAGGGCUACUUCGUAACGGACAUUUAAUACAUCUAAAACCUGUUAAACUUAAAAACAGUUCUAUAUUAUUGUCAAAUACUUGCGGGUUUGAUUCCAUUUCUCAAAUUUUUGCCACCGCUUAUUGCGACAGUGAAAGCUUCCAAACUUACUUGAAGAGCAUCGUAAGUAAUACAUUUAUUACAUUUAUCUUACACAUGAUUAAAAGAGGUGCAUGUCCAGGUACAUAUAAGAAAAGGGCAGAGUGCUUUUUAACGUGGCCUAGGACAGAACUCGCUCAAGGUCUGACUAAAAUAAAUGGUGAGGCUAUUAUCUCUGAGAUCCUAGAUCAUUUUUUUGAUGCGAGCCUAUUUUCGGCGGAAUAUGUAGAAAACUGCAGAAGCUGUACCUUUAUAUCAGUAACAAAAAAAUCCUAUAUACCAUAUAACUUGAACACAGAUGAUUUAGAGCAGCAAAUUAGAAAUGGUGCACCUAAAGAUAAAACUUGUAUGCAGUGCAAAAUGGACACCACGUGUAAUAUUUUGAACAUAAAUCCACAUCUUUUAAUUUUGGAACCGUUUGAUGUUUUGAAUGAAACAGCGGAAUGUGGCUGUUCAUUGAAUAGUAUUAAACAAAAAUUAUAUAUUUUUAACAAGACUUAUCAACUUCGUGGAAUAGUAUCACGCCUUGGUUCAAAUGUAGGGCAUUUUACUGCUUACUGUGCCCGCCAUAACAAACGUUUCGAACUUUAUGAUGACCUAAAACAAAAGAAAACUGAUGUGUCAUCCACCAGUGUUGUUGAUAUCCAAGAGGAUUACACCACAACUAAAAUAAGAGAACUUUUUUCGUAUGGUUUUAAACAGAAUGAAAUUCUGCUAUUGCUAAAGUCUCUGAAUGGGAUAAUCAUCUCCCCUAGAACUCUUAAAAGAAUACUGCAAAAAUUAGGACUUUUCCGAAGGAAGUACUAUUCACCUAUUAGAACAGUUGUUCAAUUUAUUGAAAACGAGUUGAAAGGUUCUGGCCAGCUUCAUGGAUACAGAUGGAUGCAUCUUAGGUGUAUUCAGAACAAUUUAGUGGUAACCCAAGAAGUAGUCGCAGAAAUUUUGCGGUUUUUGGAUCCAGAGGGGCAUAUUCUUCGUAAAAGAAAAAGACUUAGGAGGCGCCAGUAUUUUAAUAAAGGUCCCAAUUAUUUAUGGCAUAUGGAUUCCUAUGAUAAGCUUAAACCCUACGGAAUUUGUAUAAAUGGUUGCAUAGAUGGUUUUUCCAGGCACAUAAUUUGGUUGAGAUUGGGUCGAACAUCAAGUGAUCCAAAGGUAAUCGCCGGAUACUAUUUGGAUGCUGUGAGAUUAACAGGUGGUUGUCCAAAAACUGUCCGGUCUGACAUGGGUACCGAAAAUGGGUUGGUGGAACGAAUACAAAAAACCUUUCAUCAAUCAUUCAAUACCGAGAGGUGUGAUAGACCAUCCUUCUUAUAUGGGAAAAGUACACAUAACCAAAGAAUUGAAUCUUGGUGGGGAAUGCUUAGAAAACACUGCGUUCAGUUUUGGAUGAACCUUUUUCAAUCACUGAAAGAUGAGAAUUUCUUCCAGGGAACGACUCUUGACAAGAUGUUAAUACAGUUCUGUUUCUCGAAGAUAAUCGAGAGAGAAAUGGUUGAAGUUGUUCAUGAGUGGAAUAUUCACAAAAUAAGUAAAACCAGAAACAGUGUAUCUCCAACUGGAAGACCAGCUUUAAUGUAUGAAGUCCCUUCUUUCUACGGAGCUCAAAGUUAUUUAGUGCCAGUACCUGCCUUUGCAAUUGAUGAACUCUCCUCUGGUUGUACAUUCCAAGAGCAUCCAUGCGACAAGGAUUUUCAUGAGCUUUGUAUUAUUUUAAUAGAAGAAAAUCAAUACGUCCAAAAUGAAAACCCAACAGAUUGUGUUGAUUUGUAUAAAAAGUUGAGAAAUGAUUUGCGCAAUAUAUUUAACAUUACCAUUUAAUAAAUGGUUUCAUUGUUCAUUAUGCUCCCGGGUUAUAAAUGAGGGACUUUUUAAACAACCGCACUCAGUUUUCACUUUUAUAAUUUCUUUAUUGUUACAUAAUAUAUGCAUUUAUGGCUGGGCAUCUCGAACUACAUUGUCAUAAUAAACUUAUUUUGUUCCAAAAUGUUUUUUUAUCCUAAAAUAAUGUUCUUUUCACCCUUGUUUCCUCAAAAAAAUAAAAUAAAAAUUUGAUUCUCAUUCUGUAACAACUAAUCACAAAAAAUCACACAAUGUUUUUCUCCAUCUAAAAAUAUAGAAAUAAAACAAAUUAAACUUACUCCUUAAAAUAGCAAAAAAAACUUAUACUUGCUGAGUGACCCAGGAAAAAGAUGCUUUCUAAUUCUUUAUCCUAUUCAAAAUCUGAUGUCAGGUGUAGGUAAAUUUAUCACCUUUCCCUAUCAAAUACUUCUGGAAGGUGAUAAAUUUUAUCUUUACCUUUAGAUAUCGGAUUGAAUAGAUAUUAAAUUUUUAAUAAAAUGGCAAGUUUUAUUUGGUAUUUAAAUUUAAAUCGACGUCAUUUCUAAUGGGACAUUCAGUAAGUAUGUAAGAUAAAAAAUAAGCUUGACGAAGUAACACAUACUUAUUAUCAAAAACGUAACAACACAAUACAGUCUGUAACCUGUAACUGGACUACAGAAAAACUUAUUAGGUUUAAAACCCAAAAUGACUAAGGCCUGGUUGUACCAAACAGUGGUUCAGUUGAACUCUACUGGUACUUGAUCUUUCUUAUUUGGAAUGCGU